AGGGAUUUGAUGAUCAGUAAGGAGGGAUUUGAUGUUACUUUCACCGGCCCUGGGUCAGAGCAUAUUCAGACAGAUCCAGAGUAGGACACUAUCAGGAUCUCUCCAGUGCAAGAUCAUCUGUUCCAAAAGCAGCGACUACAGACCAUUUCUCAAACUCUGCGAGGGCAGAAGGCAAUGUUCAGACUUAUACUACUCGGCCUCCUGUGUGGAGGGGCAUCUGCAGGGUCUCACAGUCUCCGGUAUGUUCACACCUGGACCACCCCCCUGCCGGGAGUCCCGGAGUUUGUGGCGGUCGGGUACGUGGAUGAGAAACCGAUUGAUUACUACGACAGCGAGAUCCGGAGGGACAUCCCCCGGCAGCGCUGGAUGGCGGAGCGUGAGGGGCCGGAUUAUUGGGACAGAGAGACACAGAACCUGCGGGGCUGGGAGUCGGGAAAGACCGCGAUCCAGAUCCUGAGCGAACGGACCAACCAGACCGGGGGGAUCCACUCGUGGCAGCUGGUGUACGGCUGUGAGCUCCGGGACGGCGGCAGCACCGCGGGGUUUUAUCAGUUCGGCUGGGACUACAAGGACUUCAUCAGCUUCGACAAGGACAGGAUGGUGUGGGCCACCCCGGUCACUGCGGGGCAGAUCACCAAGAACAAGUGGGAGCAGGAUCAGGGACUAAACCAGCGGAAAAAGGGUUACCUGGAGGGAACGUGUAUCGAGUGGCUGAAGAGAUACCUCAGACACGGAGAGACAGAACUGAGACCAGUGAAACCCUCCGUGACGUUUACCUCUGUGAGGGAUAAUAAACAGCUCUCCUGUGUCGCCACUGGGUUCUACCCUCAGUCCAUUGAAGUAAACCUGUUCCGAGACGGUGUGAAGGUCGAUGAGACAGAAUCCACUGGAGUCCGACCCAAUCACGAUGGAUCCUACCAGAUCCACAGAUGGAUGGAGUUUGACCCGAAUUCCCAGGCCAAGUACUCCUGUGAGGUGGAUCACAACGGAUUGGGGCAGAAGCUGGUUGUGUUUUAUGAGCUAAAGACCAGCUCCAUGCUCCCGAUUAUAAUUGGUGUUGUCGUUGCCCUCUUGCUGAUUCUUGCGGCCGUCGGUGGGCUUAUCUGGUACAAAAAGAGAGCAGGCCAGAAGACUGGCUACAAUCCAGCAAAAACUUCUGAUAGAGGCGACGCCUCUUCAAGCUCCUCUGCCACUGCUUAGAGCAGCUUCUCAUUGUCCCACACGUAUUCCUGGGAUUUCAGUCAACAAGUUGGCAAGAGGAAUUGAUGAAGAUUUGGGGAGUUUGGGGGUGGGGGGUGGGGGGUUUACGUGAAUAAGAGAGUGGGAGAAUCUUAAUUGUAAAUUUGUUUGCUCUAUUUAGCAAACCUGCUGAUUUAAGCUUUGAUUUGCACUGAUCUCUGUACUGACUCUGGGAUAUAGCUUCAUCUAGUCACUUCAAUCUGGGGCUUGUUUUCAUUGUUGUAUUGUAACAGGUAAAGCUCUUUCAUGAUCAUUAGGCUGAAGGGAAGGGACUCGACGGGAGAAUGAACCUGAGCUCCAGCUCACUCAUGUUCUGGCUGCAAUGUCAAAUAUAUUCCCUGGUUCUGGAGGUUCAUGUUCACUCAAUCCAACCAGCCCUUCGUGGGCCUGUUCCCCCAGAUGGGGGACAGGGGUAGUCCUGAGACCUUCAUUCCCAGUCGAUGGGGGGCUGUAGCUGAUAGAGCCUGCUUUGUGUAAUUGUUCAGGGUCAGAGGGAAGUGUUUGAUUAUUUGGGGGUUGGGAGGAGGGGAAGAUGAUGGGAUUUAUUAUUUUUUGAUGAUGGGUGAAGGGAGAAGCUUCGUUAUACAUUAUAUCUCCAUGUAUAAUAAAAUGAUUCCUAAAUUUAAACAAUAAAUUGGGUUUGGACUCCA